ACACCGUUCACCUGCUGCCGUUGUCGCCGCCGCCGCCGCUGCCGGGGCUGGAUGGGGGGCAUAGGCCAGCCAGUGGCACCCAGAAGAAAGAGACGCGGCGGCGGCGACGUCGACACCCGCAGGACGAGUGUCUCGAUCCGCCCGCGAGCCCAAGGAGGAGGCGGUGAGGCCCGGCCCCUACUGUCCCUGGUAUAGAGAGGCCGCCGUCGCCGCCGCGGCCGGGUCUCCCUGGGCGCUCGCCCCUCAGGUCUCACACUCAGGACCCCGCGCUGCACCAUGUUCAAGAAACUGAAGCAAAAGAUCAGCGAGGAGCAACAGCAGCUCCAGCAGGCGCUGGCCUCGACUCAGGCUCCCUCCAAUUCUUCAACACCAACAAGAACCAGGAGCAGGACAUCUUCAUUUACAGAGCAACUUGAUGAAGGUACACCCAAUAGAGAGAAUGCAUCUAUCCAAGCCACGAAAUCUUCCGACAGUGUUAAUGGAAGUGAACCAACAACUCCUCAGUCUGGUGACAUGCAGUCUUUUGCACAGAAGCUCCAGCUCCGGGUGCCUUCUAUGGAGUCUUUGUUUCGAAGUCCACUAAAGGAAUCUCUCUUCCGAUCUUCUUCUAAAGAGUCUUUGGUACGAACAUCUUCCAGAGAGUCCCUGAAUCGAUUUGACCUGGACUCCUCUGUGGCCACCUUUGAUCCAUCGUCUGAUAUGGAGAGUGAGCCCGAAGACUCACUCCCCAAUUUAGACAGUCUCAGCAAAGAACAGUUGAUUCAGUGGUUGCGAAGAAUGGAACGAAGGUUGAAUAGCUACAAAGGAAAAUGUUCUGAGUCUGUUAUAGCUUAUCAGACUCUUCAGAGAGAGAAGAAAAAGUUACAAGGUAUAUUAAGUCAGAGUCAAGAUAAAGCACUUCGGAGAAUUGGAGAGUUAAGAGAGGAGCUCCAAAUGGAUCAGCAAGCAAAAAAGCAUCUACAAGAGGAGUUUGAUGCAUCUUUAGAGGAAAAAGAUCAGCAUAUCAGUGUUCUCCAGACUCAGGUUUCUCUGCUGAAACAGCGGUUACGAAAUGGCCCAAUGAAUGUUGAUUUAGCAAAACCAUUCCCUCAGAUGGAACCACAGGCUGAAGGUGUUUCUAAAGAGAACACAGACGGUGAUAUAGAGCCAGCAGUGGUAGAUGGAGCUUCUGCUAAAACACUGGCGGUACUUCAGCAGAGAGUUAAGCGGCAAGAGAAUCUUCUGCAGCGUUGUAAGGAAACCAUUCAGUCACAUAAGGAACAGUGUGCGCUCUUAACCAGUGAAAAAGAAGCCCUGCAAGAACAACUAGAUGAAAGGCUUCAAGAGCUAGAAAAGAUGAAGGAGCUUCAUAUGGCUGAGAAGACUAAACUUAUCACUCAGUUGCGUGAUGCAAAGAACUUAAUUGAACAGCUUGAACAAGAUAAGGGAAUGGUAAUAGCAGAGACAAAACGUCAGAUGCAUGAAACCUUGGAAAUGAAAGAAGAAGAAAUUGCUCAACUCCGUAGUCGCAUCAAACAGAUGACUACCCAGGGAGAGGAGUUACGGGAACAGAAAGAAAAGUCUGAAAGAGCUGCUUUUGAGGAACUUGAAAAAGCCUUGAGUACAGCCCAAAAAGCAGAAGAAUCACGGAGAAAAAUGAAGGCAGAGAUGGAUGAACAAAUAAAAGCUAUUGAAAAAACAAGGGAGGAAGAACGUACCAGUCUUCAGCUGGAAUUAAGUCGGGUGAAACAGGAGGCUGUUGAUGUGACGAAAAAAUCCUCAGAACAAAUUGCUAAACUACAGAAGCUUCAUGAAGAGGAGCUGGCCAGCAAAGAGCAGGAACUGACCAAGAAGUUUCAGACCCAAGAAAGGCAAUUUCAGGAGCAAAUGAAAAUAGCUCUUGAAAAAAGUCAAUCAGAAUAUUUGAAGAUCACCCAAGAAAAAGAACAGCAAGAAUCUUUGGCCCUGGAAGAGUUAGAGUUGCAGAAAAAAGCAAUCCUCAUGGAAAGUGAAAAUAAACUUCGGGACCUUCAGCAAGAAGCAGAAACUUACAGAACUAGAAUUCUUGAAUUGGAAAGUUCUUUGGAAAAAAGCUUGCAAGAAAGCAAAAAUCAAUCAGAAGAUUUAGCUAUUCAUUUGGAAGCUGAAAAAAAUGAGCACAGUAAAGAAAUCACAAUCAUGGUUGAAAAACACAAGACAGAAUUGGAAAGCUUGCAGCAUCAGCAGGAUACCCUUUGGACUAAAAAACUCCAAGUGUUAAGGCAACAGCAUCAGACUGAAAUGGAAAAACUUAGAGAAAAGCAUGAACAAGAAAAAGAAACAUUGUUGAAAGACAAAGAGAGUCUCUUCCAGGCCCACAUAGAAGAGAUGAAUGAAAAGACUUUAGAAAUGCUUGAUGUGAAGCAAACAGAACUGGAAUCAUUGUCUUCUGAACUAUCAGACAUAUUAAAAGCCCGGAACAAGCUAGAAGAGGAGCUUUCUAUACUAAAGGAUCAAGCAGAUAAAGUAAAGCAGGAGCUAGAGGCCAAGCUAGAUGAACAGAAAAGCCAUCACCAGCAGCAAGUCGAGAGUAUCAUUAAAGAACAAGAGAUAUCUAUCCAGAGAACUGAGAAGGCAUUAAAAGAUGAAAUUAAUCAACUUGGGCUUCUUCUGAAGGAAAAGGACAAGCAUUUGAAAGAGCAGCAGGCUCAUGUGGAAAACUUAGAGGCAGAUAUUAAAAGGUCUGAAGAGGAACUCCAGCAGGCAUCUGCUAAGCUGGCUCUUUUUCAGUCACAGCAAAGUACUACACACGAGCAGGCCAAAGCAUCUGAGGAGCACUUGGCUCAAUUGCAGCAGAAGUUGUUGGACUUGGAAACGGAAAGAAUUCUUCUUACAAAACAGGUAGCUAAAGUUGAAACGCAAAAGAAAGAUGUUUGUACUGAGUUAGACACUCACAAAAUCCAGGUACGGGACUUACUGCAGCAACUAGAAAACCAGAAAAGUGAAAUGGAGGAAAAACUACAGGCUUUAACCCAACACUAUGAGUCCCAACUUAGAGAUACUAACACAGAACAGGCACAGACAAAGCAGAGCUUGAUAGAAAAGGAAAAUGUAAUUUUACAAAUGAGAGAAGGACAGAACAAAGAAAUUGAAACACUCAAACAGAAAUUAUCAGCCAAGGAGGACAGUUUUAGUGUUUUACAUGAGGAAUAUGAAACCAAAUUCAAAAAUCAAGAAAAAAAGAUGGAAAAAAUUAAGCAGAAAGCAAAGGAGAUGCAAGAAACAUUAAAGAAAAAAUUACUGGAUCAGGAAGCCAAACUUAAAAAAGAGCUUGAAAAUACGGUUCUAGAGCUUAGUCAGAAAGAAAAACAGUUCAAUGCCAAAAUUUUGGAAAUGGCACAAGCUAACUCCGCUGGAAUCAGUGAUGCAGUGUCAAGACUGGAAACAAACCAAAAGGAGCAGAUAGAAGGUCUCACUGAGGUACACAGACGAGAACUCAGUGAUGUCAUAUCGGUCUGGGAAAAGAAACUUAAUCAGCAAGCUGAAGAACUCCAGGAACAACAUGAAAUCCAGUUACAGGAAAAAGAGCAAGAGGUAGCAGAACUGAAGCAAAAGAUCCUCCGAAGUGCAUGUGAAACAGAAGAGAUGAACAAGGAACUAGCAUGGCUGAAAGAAGAAGGCAUUAAGCAGAACACAGCAGUAAGGGAAUUACAGGAACAGUUACACCAGCAGUCUGCUCAGACGAAUUCUCUGUCACAAAAUGAAACUAAACUAAAAGCACAACUUGAAAAGCUAGAGGGUGACUUGAAUCAUUCUCUGAGGGAAAAUACUUCUCUGCAAGAGCGUAUGGUUGAACUGGAGAUGCUGGCAGAGAAAGACAAGCUGAAGGUUUCCGAGUUGACUGACAAGUUGAAAACCACAGAUGCACAAUUCCAGAGUUUGCAAUCUUCACAUGAAAGAAAGGAGAAAAGCCUAGAAGACAAAAGCUUGGAAUUCAAAAAACUGUCCGAGGAACUAGCAGUUCAGCUGGAAACUUACUCUAAGAAAACUGAAGCCCUGUUACAAGCUAAAACAAAUGAGCUCAUCAACAUUAGUAGUAGUAAAAUUAAUGCCAUUCUUGCUAGAAUUUCCCACUGCCAGAAGCACACAACAAAAGUUAAGGAGGCACUAGUGAUUAAAACUUGCAAGGCUUCUGAAUUAGAAGCACAGCUCAGACAGCUAACGGAAGAGCAGAACACACUAAACAGUUCUUUUCAACAGGCUACCCAUCAAUUAGAAGAAAAAGAAAAUCAGAUUAAGAGCAUGAAGGCUGAUAUUGAAGGUCUUGUAAUGGAGAAAGAAGCCUUACAGAGGGAAGGAGGGAACCAGCAACAGGCUGCCUCUGAAAAGGAGUCUUGUAUCACGCAGUUGAAGAAGGAGUUAUCAGAGAACAUCAAUGCUGUCACACUGAUGAAAGAAGAGCUUAAAGAAAAGAAAUCUGAGAUCAGCAGUCUUAGCAAACAGCUAACUGAUUUGAACACCCAGCUUCAGAACAGCAUCAGCCUAACUGAGAAAGAAGCAGCCAUUUCAUCACUAAGUAAGCGAUACGAGGAACAACAACGUGAAUUGCUGGGUCAGGUGCAAGAUUUAUCUUUGAAAGUUGAAACUCUGAGUAAAGAGAAGGUCUCUGCUCUUGAACAGGGAGAUCACUUGUCCAACAAAUUCUCAGAAUGGAAGAAGAAAGCACAGUCAAAAUUCAUACAGUAUCAAAGUACUAUUAAAGAAUUGCAGAUGCAGCUUGAGUUAAAAACAAAGGAAGCCGGUGAAAAGGAUGAGCAGAUACAUGCACUGAAGGAGGACCUUGAUCAGCAAAAUGAGAGAUUGGUAUGUUUAAAGGGUGAAAUGGAAGAUAAGAAGAGUAAGCUGGAGAAAAAGGAGUGUAAUUUAGAGACUGAGUUAAAAACUCAGACGGCAAGAAUUGUGGAAUUACAGGAGCAUCUUACUCAGAAAAUAACUGAAAUUGAGUCCUUAAAUGAAGCUCUUAACAAAUACAAUCAACAAAAGGACACUGAACAGAAAGAAAUGCUGCAGAAACUUCAGCACAUUCAAGAGUUAGGGGAAGAGAAGGACAACAGGGUUAAAGAAGCUGAAGAAAAAGUCUCAAGACUUGAAAAGCAAGUGUCUUCCAUGAAAUCUGAACUUGAAACCAAGAAGAAAGAAUUGGAACAUGCGAAUUCAGGUAUGAAAGGCAAAGAAGAGGAGUUGAAGGCACUGGAAGAUAGGCUUGAGUUAGAAAGUGCUGCAAAAUUAGCAGAACUGAAGAAAAAAGCCGAACAAAAAAUUGCUGCCAUCAAGAAGCAGUUGUUAUCUCAAAUGGAAGAGAAAGAACAGCAAUAUAAAAAAGACACAGAGGGCCAUUUGGGUGAGCUAAACACAAAAUUGCAGGAGAAAGAGAGAGAAAUUCAUGUCUUGGAAGGAAAACUUCAGUCAGUGGAGGGUCCACCACAGUCAGAGGCGUCAGCUGUACCCAGAUCGGCAGAACGCAUGGCAGCCUGUGCUAAGCAAGAGGAAGCGGGUCUCCAAGGCUGUGUGCAGAACGCAUACGAAGACAAAAUCAGUGCUUUACAGAGAAGUCUAAUGGAAAAAGAAAAGCUGUUGCAGAGGCUAGAGCAGGAAAAAGAAGAGAUGGUAUCCUCUCAUUCUGAAAUGCAGGGCAGAUACCAGGAGCUCUUAAUAAAGAUAGAACACGCUGAAGCAAAGCAGCAUGAAGAUCAAAUUAUGAUAAAUCAUCUUCAGGAAGAACUUGAAGAAAAAAGCAAGAACUAUUCCUUGAUAGCAUCCCAGCAUGUGGAAGAAGAGGGAGGUGAAAACAACAUAGGGGCAAAGCAAAACUUGGAAAAUGUGGUUGAUGAUGUCCAGAAAACACUCCAGGGGAAGGAACUAGCCUGUCAGAUCUUGGAGCAAAAGAUAAAAGAACUGGAUUCCUGCUUAGUAAGAGAGAGGGAAGGGCAUAGAGUUGAAAUGGAAGAGUUGACCUCAAAAUUUGAAAAAUUACAGGCUUUACAACAACAGAUGGAUGGAAAAAAUAAACCCACAGAAGCUUUGGAAGAAAGUGCUGAAGAAAAGUCCAAAUCACACGUAGUCCAACCCAGAUUGCCUGGUAACAUGGAGGCGGCCGAGCACAAUGACCUGGAAUUUAAAUUAGCAGGGGCAGAGCAGGAGAAGCAGAAGCUGGGCAAGGAGAUCGUUAAGUUGCAGAAAGAUCUUCGAAUGUUGCGGAAGGAGCAUCAGGAAGAAUUAGAUAUCAUGAAGAAAGAGUAUGAACAAGAAAUAGAAGAGAAAAUCAAACAGGAGCAGGAAGAUCUUGAGUUGAAGCACAAUUCCACAUUAAAACAGCUGAUGAGGGAGUUCCAUACACAGCUGGCACAAAAGGACCAGGAGCUGGAAAUGACCAUAAAAGAAACCAUUGAUAAAGCCCAGGAAGUGGAAGCUGAACUUUUGGAAAGCCAUCAGGAAGAGACAAAUCAGUUAUAUAAGAAAAUUGCGGAGAAGGAAGAUGAUUUACAAAGAACAGCGAAAAGAUAUGAAGAAAUCCUUGAUGCUCGUGAAGAAGAAAUGACUGCUAAAGUAAUGGACCUGCAGACUCAACUGGAGGAGCUACGGAAUAAGUACCAGGAAAGGCUGCAGCAGGAGGAGAGCCCUGGCAAUGACAAAAUAACAAUUAUGGAGUUACAGACACAACUAGCACAGAAGACUACUCUAAUCAGUGAUUCAAAGUUGAAAGAACAAGAGUUCAGAGAACAGAUUCACAAUUUAGAAGACCGUUUGAAGAAAUAUGAAAAGAAUGUAUAUGCAACAACUGUGGGAACACCUUACAAAGGUGGCAGUUUGUACCAUACUGAUGUCUCGCUCUUUGGAGAACCUACCGAGUUUGAGUAUUUGAGAAAAGUGCUUUUUGAGUAUAUGAUGGGUCGUGAGACUAAGACCAUGGCAAAGGUUAUAACCACUGUACUGAAGUUCCCUGAUGAUCAGACUCAGAAAAUUUUGGAAAGAGAAGAUGCUCGGCUAAUGUAUACUUCACCUCGCAGUGGUAUCUUCUGAGUAAACCAUCAGUCUGUGCUUAGUUAGCAUGUGUCAUGGCUCCGAUCGUCGUCUUGAAGAAACGGGGUGGUGGUGUUGGGCAGGCAUGGAGCCCUGUCUGUGUUUGCCUCUUUGAGAAGCAAGCUGUUAUUCAGGGCCCGAUAUGGAGCCAAAGACCAAGAGAAACCUGACAUUGGCCCGCAGAUAUAUUGCAGACUGCCUUUCAGAUCGAUUAUAUCAGUGGAGAAAUGGUGAUAGUUUUUUUCUUUUUUGUUGGGAGGAGUUUUAUGUUGUUUUAAAAGAUAUUUUGAAUAACUCAACCUGACUUACGGGCUCAUUUAAUGUUCCUUUCUUCCAUUCUUUUUGUCCCUCUUUUUGAAGAACUGCUUGCCUUUCCUAUUUAUUUUUAGGGUGAUUUCUUUUAAAGACUUGUGCAAUACAUUUUGAGGUGAAACUUAGUAGAUUUUUUCUGAUAAAUUAGAGCAUUUAAAUUGAGUAUUUUAUCCAGAUUGAUUUGUUGAAAAUUUGCUAAAGACUAGUUCUUUAAGCUAUACAUAUGAUAAAUCCAAACAGCAGUACCUCAUUGUUUACUUAGCUUUUGUACUUAUAUUUUUCAGAGGAAAAAAUACUACUGUAAAUUGUAAAUAAUCAAUAUUGUAUUGUAUGCAUACUGUAUUGUAUGCAGAUCUGUGACUGUUGGCAAUGUCAUCUUGGAAGAACAGAUAAAUAAAGUUUAUUUACUA